GGGCAAAACCGAACUGACGAAGUCGGAGAAAAGAAAAGAAAUCAACCAAAAGCGUAAAGGCAGACGCUUACUUUUCAGGAGUGAAACCCCAAGGAGUUCGCUGUGAGACUAGAAGACCAUUUUUAUAAGCUACAGAACUCUGAGGAUCUUGGCUCAACAUCAGGGGGACGAUGGACUUAUGCUCCCUCCGCAUGGGUUUUGCCAGCAGAUUUCGAUCCCUUUAUGCACAGACAUCGCCUACAACCAAACAAUCAUGCCCAAUUUAAUGGGGAACCACAAUCAGGAGGAUGCGGGGCUCGAGGUUCACCAGUUCUUCCCGCUCGUGAAGGUACAAUGCUCGCCUGAGUUAAAGUUCUUCCUGUGCUCCAUGUACGCGCCUGUGUGCACCGUUCUGGAAAAGCCCAUUCCUCCGUGCAGGCCCAUCUGUGAGAAAGCCCGGCAGGGCUGCGAGGCUCUCAUGAACAAGUUCGGCUUUCAGUGGCCGGAAAAGCUGCGCUGCGAGAACUUCCCUUUGCUGGGAGAUCAUGGACAGAUCUGCGUGGGGCAGAACGAAUCCUCCAGCCCCACGGCGCCCCCUCCACUGCCACCGGCCCCAGGGACUCGGGAGCUCCCCAGAGUCUCCACACAUGAGAGGCCGUUCACCUGUCCCUCUGUUCUGAGGGUUCCCCCUUACUUGAAUUAUCAUUUCUUAGAAGAGAAGGACUGUGGAGCUCCAUGCGAGUCACCGAGGAAUGGUGGAAAUAUGUUUUUCAGCGACAAGGAGAUCCACUUUGCCCGGAUGUGGGUUCUGAUCUGGUCUGUACUUUGCUGUACAUCCACUUUUUUCACAGUCACCACCUAUUUAAUUGACAUGCAGCGCUUCAGGUACCCAGAGCGGCCGAUCAUCUUCUUGUCCGGCUGCUACACUAUGGUCUCCAUUGCUUUCAUAGCGGGCUACUUCCUGGGAGACAAGGUGGCGUGCAAUGACAGCUUUAACCCUGAUGGAUAUAAGACCGUUGUUCAAGGCACCAAAAAGGAAGGCUGCACCAUCCUCUUCAUGAUGCUUUACUUCUUCAGCAUGGCCAGCUCCAUCUGGUGGGUCAUCCUAUCUCUCACCUGGUUCCUGGCUGCAGGGAUGAAAUGGGGUCAUGAGGCUAUUGAGGCGAACUCUCAGUAUUUCCACUUGGCGGCGUGGGCCGUGCCAGCCGUAAAGACCAUCAGCAUCCUUGCCAUGGGGCAGAUUGAGGGGGACGUGCUCAGCGGCGUCUGCUUUGUGAGUCUCAGCAACCUGGAUCCGCUAAGAGGGUUCGUGUUGGCCCCUCUCUUCAUUUACCUUUUCAUCGGCACUUCGUUCUUGCUCGCCGGCUUCGUUUCGCUGUUCAGAAUUCGCACCAUCAUGAAGCACGAUGGCACCAAGACGGAGAAGCUGGAGCAGCUGAUGGUGCGGAUCGGGGUGUUCAGCGUGCUCUACACCGUUCCGGCCACCAUCGUCAUCGCCUGCUUCUUCUACGAGCAGGCUUUCCGGCCGCAUUGGGAGCGGAGCUGGGUCAGCCGGAACUGCCGCAGCCUGGCCAUCCCCUGUCCGGCGCAGAGCAGGCCGCACAUGACCCCAGACUUCACCGUCUAUAUGAUCAAAUAUCUCAUGACGCUGAUCGUCGGCAUCACUUCUGGUUUCUGGAUCUGGUCUGGAAAGACGCUGCACUCCUGGCGCAAGUUCUACACCAGGCUGACAAGUGGCAAAAACGGGGAAACCACCGUGUAGAACAGCCUGACGUGGUUUAAUCAGACUAUUUACUGUUUUGACCUGUCUGUUGAAAGCGGGGAAAAAACAUUUCAAUGAUAUUUUCGAUAUCUGAACUUAAAACCCAGAGAAUUGUACCAAAAACACGAGAGUUCUGCUUUAGACAAGCUGUUUCUCUAUCUGGGUCAAACGUGACUGAACAAACUCUUUUAAUCUUUGUUUCCACAAACUCCAGGUGAGAAGUUUCCAACUAAAUUAGAACACGAAGAAAAUUAAAGUCACGUUGCUUGGACCUUUCAGGAACUUAAAAAAAUGUAAAUAGCACUUGUAAAAACUGUACAUUUUUUUGUAUUUAAAAGUAUACGUCUCCUCACAUCUGAAAAUGUAUUUGGUUUACUUAUGCAUCUUUUUUUUUCCUUGAUCAUUGGUCAUUUUUAAUUAAAUAAAAUAAAAAACAAUAUUCCAGC